AUGGUGGAAGUUCCCAUUGUCCCAAAAUCAAUAUUGGGAGUUAAGAGGAAGUCUGUGGAGGUUUUGGGGCGUAUUGGCAAGAGGAAGAAGAAAUUGGGGAGACCUAAGGGAAGCAAGAACAUGCCUAAAUGUGCUAGAGCUCUUAAGCAAAAGCUACAGGGGAAGAAGUCUAAGAAGUGGAGACUUCAUGAUAGUGAUAGGGAUGUCCACGCUCCUGAUGAGAAGGAGAAUUGUGGGGAUACUGAGACUGAACAAAUGGAGUUGCCUAAAGAUGAUGGAGUUGUAGGGGAUGCAGGUGUCUAUGUUGAGAAUCAAUGCUCGGAUAAAAUCACUCAGCUCACGGAUAAUGUCUACGUUUGUCGCUCUGGAUCGGCUGCAGAUUCUCAGGUUGUUUCCGACUAUGUGAGGCACUUUCUUCAUCAGCACACCUUUCAGCUAUGGCAGCCUGCUACUGUCAAAGUUGUUGCUAAUCUCAUCAAGCUACUGUCAUAUGGCAACAAGAAUAUGUUGCAAACUGGGUUGAUUGUUGGAGGCUGGGACAAGUAUGAAGGGGGAAAGAUUUAUGGAGUUCCGCUUGGCGGCACAGUCAUAAAGGUGCCAUUUGCCAUUGGAGGUUCUGGCUACAGUUACUUGUAUGGAUUCUUUGAUCAAGCAUGGAGAGAAGGAAUGACCAAGGACGAAGCGGAGAAAUUAAUUCUGACUCUCUUAAGUCUGCUCUAA